UGAUUGCAGAAGAGCACAGUAGCAGCCCAAAGUAAAGAUGUCAACUUGGAAUAAUGGCAGCCCAAAUUGCAGUUGAGAAAAAUAAUGAAAGGCAAAGAAAAGAUACAUGUAAGAGAGAAGGUAUCCCUUUCUUUUCUUGAAGUGUGAAAGGUUUGAACACUAAGCAACCUGCUUCUCCUCUCUCUCUCUCUCUCUCUCUCUUUAUCAUCUCAUCUCUUUUAAAAAGUCCCCAUCUGGUCUCCUCCUCCAAUAUUCCCUCAACAGAACAAAGCUACUCACCAAAAAGCCAGUCUUUUUGUUAUUCGCUCUCGCUUUGUCUCAUUUUUUACUCAAGCAAUUCGAAGAAAGAACAAAUGUGGCAAACACAGCCCAACAAAUCCUGUUUCAGAGAAUCCAUCAAAGCUCUUGAAGCUGAUAUACAGCAUGCCAACACCCUGGCAGCUGCUCUCCCAAUAGAUUAUUGUGGGGAUAGUAUUCAGAUGAGAUUGUCUUACAGCCCCUUCGCCCCCUUUCUUCUUUAUUUGAUUGAGUGGAUGGAUUAUAGUUGUACAGAUACCCUCCCCAGUUAUUUAGGCCUUCUCCACGUACUUAUAUACAAGGUAUAUGUUGAUGGGAUGCCAACAAUGUCCUCAAAAGAAAGGAAAGCUAGUCUACGGGAAUUUUAUGCCGUAAUUUACCCUUCUCUUAGACAACUUGAAGGCGAGUUCAUUGAAUUGGAAGAUAGUACAUUGGGAAGCCAAUCCACAGAAAUCUUAGCCAGAAAGAGAGCGGAAGGGAGGAGGAAGCUUUCUGAUAAUGAUCUAGAGAGAGAUGAAGAAUGUGGGAUAUGCAUGGAGAAUUGCACAAGGAUGGUAUUGCCCAGCUGUGGGCAUGCUCUGUGCAACAGUUGCUUCCACGACUGGAAUGUGCGGUCUCAGUCCUGCCCUUUUUGUCGCGGCAGCCUAAAGAGAGUUAGCUCUAGAGAUUUAUGGGAUCUCAUUAGCAACUGUGAUGUGAUUGAUACAAUUGCUCUUGCAAAGGAGAAUUUGAGACGUUUCUACCUUUAUAUUGAAAAUCUGCCACUCGUUAUGCCUGACACACAUGUGGUUAUAUAUGAUUACAUGCUUUGACUCCAGAGGAAGCAUUAAGUAGUAUGCUAAAUGAAAUGCUGAUUACCCAUUGUAUAGAGUCUGGGGAAGUUUAAAUCUCGUCUACCAUGGCAGGUUGAGUAGCUGUUCCAUGGCAGUUGUAUAUAGUUAACAUAACUGCUGGAUGUCUUUGAUCAUCCAUGGAAUCUCUCAAGACAAAAGCAAGGACAAUGCACCUGCACGUAUGUUGAGACUAGCAAAUGUAAAAAUGUAUAAAAGGUAUGCUUGGCCUUCAACUCAGCUUUUUGGAACCUGAGUGUUGGGAAUGUAAAUGGAAACAUAUUUGAUUAAUAUAUGUGUUUCUGCUUAUUAUACUA